UGAUUGUGUUUCUUCUUUUUCAGAUACAGAAUGGCAUCCCAAGGCUGUCUUGGUCUCAUCAAAUAUUUCCUUUUCCUUUUCAAUCUCCUCUUUUCUGUAAGUAUGAUCAUUCACUUAUUUAAACGUUUAUGCUGCUAGACAUGAGAAUGGUGGUAAAUGUUGCCCAAAUUCACUGAUGAAAAUACACUCAAUGUAUAUUUGCAGGUUGAUUGAACUUGCUUGAAGUCUGUCGAAAUAUCUAUUGAUAGGUGAAAUUAAUUCUUAGUUGAGCGAUGUAUUUAUUUUGCAAUGCAAUAAGAUAUCACCCUCCCACCAGUGUCUGGGUGCCCUCCUGCUGUCACUUGGGAUAUGGAUAGUCCUUGCUGAGACAAGCUUCUUCAGUGAGUUUCUGUUUUCAACAUCAACUCCAUACAAUGAAUGACAGUAUGUAAUAUCACAUAAUGUAAUAUUUCCACACACAAAUAUCAUUAAAUGCAAUGAUGUAUCUGUGGUAGUAUAGGAAUAACAUUCCCUCAGAAAAUUCCUAGUGUAUAAAAAAAGGACCGUCUUCCUGAUUCACUUCUGGAUCUCAUAAACAAAAUCACAAUGAUCCUGAUGUCCCUCCAAAACAUGCUUUUUUGGUUAUUAUAUUAAGAAAGAUUAGUUGAUUCAUUCAAAACAGACAGCCUGUAAGCUAUGCAUUAUAUUCACAAACUAGUAAAAUAAUAGUCCUACUUUAACCCCAGAUUUGUUUUAAAUUGAGACAUGAUUGUGCUUUGGUUCGACACUGGCCGAAUUCUUAUUUCAAAGUUGAGUGCACGGUACAGCUAUUACUGGCAACCCAUACCAUUAUGAACAACAAGUUUCUCAAAGUUUGUUAUUUCCUCUUUUUACAGUGCCUGCCCCUCCCUAUAUGUCUUUUUCUGUCUUCUCCUACUUUCUGGUCAUUGGUGGAAGUGCUACAAUGUCAUUGGGCUUCAUUGGGUGUCUGGGUGCAUUGAAGGAGGUGAAAUGCAUGUUAGGAAUGGUAAGAAAUAAUUCAAAACAGCUGACAAGCUCCGAGUGCAUUUGUAAAAAAAAAAAACAUUUUGUUUGUACAUGAUGAGAUUAUUAUGGACAAAAGAGUGAGAUGAUUUGUAUUUGUAUUACGCCAGCCAAGCAUCGAUCAUCAUGUCACCAGAUUAAGACCGUCAAUAUUUAUCGUAAAGGAGCAUCAAGCUCAUCACCGUGUACUUUCACCACCCUGUGCAGUUCAUCAUAAAUUAUUUCAUCUGUAGCCUAAUAAACUGCAUGCUUUCCCGAGUCGUAGUGGGAGGACCACAUAACAUAUCAUCGCGUGACUCCAAGUUUACUUCGGUAUGAUGGUUAUUAUAUAAAUAUUUGCUGUUUCCAUCAGGCCUGUCGACAAAUUUGCUGUUUCUAUCAGGCCUGUCAUGACAUUUGUACAGUUUAACUUUUACAGAAUGCUGAUGAAACAUUUGCGCUACUUAUGUUUAUAAACCCUAUCCAUUCACUUCUACCUUCAGAAAGUAUUCACAUCCCUUGACUUUUUCCACGUUUUGUUUUGUUACAGCCUGAAUUUUAAAUGGAUUACAUUGAGAUGUUAUGUCACUGGCCUACACACAAUACCCCAUAUUGUCAACGUGGAAUUAUGUUUUUAGAAAGUUUUACAAAUGAGUUAAAAAUAAAAAGCUGAAAUGUCUUGAGUCAAUAAGUAUUCAACACCUUUAUUAUAAUAAUAUAAUAACAUGCCAUUUAGCAGACGCUUUUAUCCAAAGCGACUUACAGUCAGGCGUGCAUCCAUUUUUGUGUAUAGGUGGUCCCAGGGAUCGAACCCACUACCUUGGCGUUACAAGCGCCGUGCUCUAACAGCUGAGCUACAGGCAAGCCUAAAUAAGUUCAGGAGUAAAAAUUUGCUUAACAAGUCACAUAAUAAGUUGCAUGGACUCACUCUGUGUGCAAAUAAUAGUGUUUAACAUAAUUUUUACAUAAUUUGUAACAUUAUUUUUGAUUACCUCAUCUCUGUACCCCACACAUACAAUUAUCUGUAAGGUCCCUCAGUCGAGCAGUGAAUUUCAAACACAGAUUCAACCACAAAGACCAGGGAGGUUUCCCAAUGCCUUGCAAAGAAGGGCACCUAUUGGUAGAUGGGUGACAUUUUUUUAAAGCAGAUAUUUAAUUUCCCUUUGAGCAUAGUGAAGUUAUUCAUUACAGUUUGGAUGGUGUAUCAAUACACCAAGUCACUACAAUGAUACAGGCAUCUUUCCUAAUUUAGUUGCCGGAAAAGAAGGAAACCACUCAAGGAUUUCACCAUGAGGCCAAUGGUGACUUUAAAAGUUACAGAGUUUAAUGGCUGUGAUAGGAGAAAAAUGAGGAUGGAUCAAAAGCUUUGUAGUUACUCCACAAUACUAAACUAAAUGACAGAGUGAAAAGGAAGCCUGUACAGAAUACAAAUAUUCCAAAACACGCAUCCUGUUUGCAUUAAGGCACUAAAGUAAAACUGCAAAAAAUGUGGCAAAUAAAUGUACUUUAUGUCCUUAAUACAAAGCGGAUUUUGGGGCAAAUCCAACGCAACACAUGACUGAGUACCACUCUUCAUAUUUUCAAGCAUGGUGGUGGCUGCAUCAUGUUAUGGGUAGGCUUGUCAUCGGCAAGGACUAGGGAGUUUUUUGGGAUAAAAAGAAACAGAAUAGAGCUAAGCACAGACAAAAUGCUAGAGGAAAACCUGGUUCAGUCUGCUUUCCAACAGACAUUGGAGACACAUUCACCUUUCAGCAGGACAAUAACCUAAAACACAAGGCCAAAUAUACAGUAGAGUUGCUUACCAAGACGAUAUUGAAUGUUCCUGAGUGGCCUAGUUACAGUUUUGACUGAAAUCGGCCUUUAAAAUCUAUGGCAAGACUUGAAAAUGGCUGUCUAGUAAUGAUCAACAACCAACUUGACAGCGCUUGAAGAAUUUAAAAAAGAAUAAUGCGCAAAUAUUAUGCAAUCCAGAUUUGCAAAGCUCUUAGAGACUUACCCAGAAAGACUCACAGCUGUAAUCGCUGCCAAAGGUGAUUCUAACAUGUAUUGUAUACUUAUGUCAAUUAUAUAUGUCUGUUGUUCAUUCUCAAUAAUUUUGCAAAAAGUUAUAAAAACAUGUUUUCACUUUGUCAUUAUGGGGUAUUGUGUGUAAAUGGGUGAGAAAAAAAUGUAUGUAAUCCAUUUUGAAUUCAUGCUGUAACACAACAAAAUGUGGAAUACGUCAUGGGGUAUGAAUACUUUCUUUAGGCACUGUAUUUUAUUUGCUUAAAAGCUAUUUGAUCAACAUCCAUAACAAAUCAAUGCAAUGCCACUGUAAUUCUAUCACAAUAGCUAGGUUUCCAUUCAAUUGGUGACAGAUUUUCAUGCAAAUAUUAUAACAUCCGCAAUAUGUGGAUUUUCCCACUAGAGAGAUGUGUUUCCAUCAAAAUGACUUGUUGCCGAUAAAAGGCUGUGCGUGAUGACGUAGUGCACAUAAAAAUAACUUUUGUGGUUAAAUUCCCAUGUACCGAUUAAAGAUACAAGUUAAAUGGGUUUCCAUUUUCAACUCUACUGAUGGUUUUGUCACAAAAAAUUUUGCCUUAUAUAGCAAAUGUGCCCACUCUGGUUCUUUAUAGAACAUUUAUGGAGAAUGGUUCUAUAAAGAACCUUUCUCAAUCUGAAAGGUUCUUUUUAGAUCCUCUUUAAAAACCAUACAGGGUUUUUAUUCUGGUCAACCAUAUUAUAUUGUUAAAAUUUCAUCUGUGUUAAUAUUGUGUUCAUUGACAAGUUGAAUCAAGUGAGCUACCUCUAGAACAGCUGGGGGUCCCCCAGGACAGAAUUGAGAACCACUGACAAUUUUUUUUUAAAUGAGAUUAUGAGAUUGAUGAGAUUAUUAUGGACGAAAAAGCAAGAUUAUUUGUAUUUGUCAAAUGGCAGCCAAGCAUCGAUUAUCCUGUCACCAGAAUAAGACCGUCAAUAUUUAUCGUAAAGGAGCAUCAAGCUCAUCACCGUGUACUUUCACCACCCUGUGAAGUUCAUCAUAAAUUAUUUCAUCUGUAGCCUAAUAAUGUUCAUGCUUUCCCGAGUCUUAGUGGGAGGACCACAAAACAUAUCAUCGUGUGACUCCAAGUUUACUUUGAUAUGAUGGUUAUUAUAUCAAUAUUUGGCCAUAAAAGCGUUUCGUCGACAUUUGAAAAGUUUACCAACAAAUUUGCUGUUUCCAUCAGGCCUGUCGUGACAUUUUUUAUCCGACAUGUACUUUACUCACGUAAAAAAGUUGGAUGGAAACCUGGUUUAUUGUUCUGUUAAUGUACAACUUAAAUUAAACGCUGAGUCUCAAAUACAGCCUGUACCUGUUAAUAGCCGGGUAAUAGCACACAUUUCAGCAAAUAAAUGCCUGUUUCAAAUAAACACCAGGUCUAAAUGAAUUAUUUACGAGGUUAACAUGAAUUACCAUGAAUUUUUUACAAGGGUUAAUGUUUGAUUUGUUAUCUCAAAUAAUUCAGUAAUGAGUAGAAGAAAUUAUGUCAAUCAUCCGUUUUUAUUGCCAGUAAGAAACUGCUAGCCAUUGGCUGCUAUCAGCGGAGAACUGCUAGCUAACUGGGAAGCACAAAAACAGUCAACAACUUCGGGAGUACAGACCCCCAGAAAAUGGUAUGAACUGCCGAAAAUGCACAGUCAAAGAGGAGAAUAAUUAUUCUGUCAAGGAAAAGUUAUUUUUCAUCCAAAAUAGAGGCAUACUAAGACAAAAUAAACGAAACCCUGUGAGUAAAGGAUAACAUAUUAGUGAAGGAAAUGAAGAAAUUGAUUAAAAUGCUGGAAGUGAAAGCUGGAAUUAAACAAUUAACUAUGCAAAUAAGCAAAAGCUGUGUGGAUUAAGGAAAUAAACACCUGGCUCAAAUAGACGCCUGGCUCUAAUAUGCGGUCAGUGAUUUAAGAAAAGACACACUGGGCUAUUAAUUGAAGUUUUACGGUAUGUCCAAAGCUAUAGAGAUGUAUGCAGAUUACCUGCACCUAAAAAACAAACAAAUAAAUAAUGUAGCAGCACAUAAAAAUAUGGCAGUGAUUAAUCUCCUCUAACUAUUGUUCAUCUUUACAGUAUUUCAUCCUGCUCACCAUCCUUCUUGCUGCUCAGAUUGUGGGAGCGGUUCUGCUCUUCACUCAGAGGACUUCAGUAAGACAUUUACCUACGAUAUUACCUGAGGAACUACACUUACUUAUUGACUUAUCUUCACACGAGCCAUGUACAAUGCUUAAAGUAACACAAUCAUUGGUGUUACUCGACCAUAGUUACACAUCACAGUCAACAAUGACACUGUUUAAACUAUUAAAACAUGUCUGGCACUCAAGAUUGUGUUGGUUCACCCUUAUUUAUGAGUUACAAAGGUAUUCAAAGAUUACUUCUUGAACUAGCUAUGUAUUUAUUGUAAAUCAAUUUUUCCCCCUCUGACCAGGAAAUGCAGUUUUCAUAUUAUUCUCUCCUCUUGCCACAUUUUACAUUUGCGUUUGAGUCAUUAAGUAGACGCUCUUAUCCAAAAAAUGCAUACAUUUUCAUACUUGUCCCCGGUGGGAAUACAAACCCACAACCCUGGCAUUGCAAGUGCCAUGCUCUACCAACUGAGCCACUCGCCUAGGAGAAAGUCAAAUACAUAAGGAUUUCAUAAUGGUGUGACAACUGUCAUAACAGGGAGAUUUUGAAAAUAAUAUUGUUGCCUAAAGGGGGCACUGCUAUGAUAUCUAAUUCCACAGAGUCACAUUCUGUGUAUGCAAUAGCCUAGUUUUUCUCAGGGUGUGCCACGAAAGUAAAACCUCUUUUGUUAACUGGUGAAUGUGUUGAAAGGUGAUCUUGUAAGUCGAUAUCAGUGGGUAUGUUAUUUACACAAUAGUUGGAGUGACUUUUGAAAGGCAUCAAAUUUUUUUCUCUCCCAUUUUGUUCUAGUUUGAGAGCAAAGUCGAAGAGCAUGUCCUUCAUCUCAUUGCAUCAUUUGGCAAGAAUGAUUCCAACUAUCAGAAUUUUGAAAAGACCCUGGACUACGUUCAGCAGGAGGUAAUAAAUGCUGUAGUAUACACUGCCAGUUGGUAAUUUGUCCUUUGGAUGAAAUGUUGAACUGAGGUAUUGAAGAGUAGGGGUGUUAACCCCGAUGUCCUGGUUAAAUUCCCAACCUGGCCACAUAUUGUCAUGGCCACCAAAUCACCCCCUGAUUCCUAAUUGACAUAAAUCACUUCUCACCUCUUCACUGUGAAAGCUAAUGUAUGGUGAGCUUUCUGUCUCAAAAUGCCUGCUGUGGCAUCACCCCGGUGGGUGCAAAACAUUGGUGGUGGAUGAGGUGAGUUUCCACCAUACAUUAAUGUAAACUGCUUUGAGCAUCUGGAAUAACACUCUAUACAUCCAGUCAGUUAACUAUGAUUAUCAAUUGGAAUGGAUCAACCUAAUUCUGAAAGAGUCAUGGUUUGUUUGGAUAGUUCCUUAUACAUGCUCCAAAUAUUAUCAAACUAAAACAAACUAAUCUUAAACUUUAAAUUGAGUUGCUGCUGAUGCUUGUAAUGUGUGAAUUAAUUUAGCUAGGUCAUCUAUGAUAGAAACUAGUUCAAUUAAAUUUAGGCCAGGAUUCAAACCCACACAGAUUAUUGCUAUUGCACUUGACUUGUAGAAUGUUUAUGCUGUGUAGGAGGUGUAACCACAGUAACAGUAAUUAAACCUCAACAAAGCCCACUUCAACAUAGUUGUCUUCUAACUUCAUGCAUGAUUUAAUUUCCAUGUGAAUGAAGUGAUUUAUAUAAUCAAGUUGUAAUCUAAGAAAUAAUUUAAGAACAGGUAUGGUUUGGUGAUGCGUGAACCAAUGGCAAUGUCCAUGAUAAAAAGUUACGUCCGAAUCAGGAUCGCAGUGUGUCAAGUGCAGUACGAUGGUCAGUUGUCUGCAUGGUUUGAAUCCCGGCCUUAGACUUAGGGAAAGUGUUAGAUUAAGCAUUCUCUCCUUGUCUUACAACCAUGCAGAUUCAUUGUUGUGGAUGGAUAGGACCAAACAACUGGGUGGAGGCACCAUGCUCCUGUUACCACCCCAUCAAUAACACCCAGAAUGCCUCAAUUUCUUCCGAAAUGUGUGACUGCAAUGCCAUCCUGUCUCUUUCAAAUUACACAAUGUGUGACAUCUAUCAAACGGUAAGUGGUCCUGACUCAUGGCAUUACUUCAAAUGUGUUACAUUUGAUAUAAAACAUUUUUUUUAAAGGCCAGCACACCUUUAUGUUUUUUUCAUUUGUAUGUGAUCUAUUUUUGGUCCCAAGCACCCUUUUUUACUUGUUUACAGAAGAGGAUUUAGAGUUAAGCACAUUCUCUACCUUAACUGUGACGUUUGAUAUUUCCUGGUAUUUUACUGAUUGCUUUUACUUCUCUGUUACAGGGGUGCAGAGAGAAUAUUAGAGAGUGGUUGGACGAGAAUAUGCUCAUAACUUUUGGCGUGUUACUUGCUGUGAUGACGGUGGAGGUAAAUUGGAUA